CCGGGCCCUGAAGCCCCUACCUCCUUUCCUGUGGAUGAUGGCUAGUUUUUCUCCAUCCUUUUGAAAGCCCAGCACUGGGGCUGAAUGCAAUUCUACUUCACUGUGUUCUUGUUAAUAUUAGUGACACUGUUAAACAGCCUGGGGUUUGGUUUCAGACUCUCAGCAGUACCCGGUAUUGGGUGCUCUCCUGCACUCAGAUUCCACCUCUGUUUGUGAGCCCUGUGUUCCUGCGCAGGGCACCAUGGAAUGAAGGAAGAAGCUUUGGACUCUUCCUCCGAUAAUUUAGGUCUUUGUCCCACCUGCUGCUACGAGUGUGUCUCUGGGCCAGCUUUGAUCUCUCUGGACCUCUUCUGCCUCAAUUGAAAAUUGAGAGGUUUAGAGCAAUGUUUUCUCAAAUUUUGUUUCAGUACAUUGCUCCUUGUGACCAAGACAUCCAGCCUUAGCUUGAAUUUGAGAAAGAGAGACCCACAUGGCUGUUAACCCAAUGCCACCCUCAAAAAUUCUUAGAAGUAGCCCCACUACUGUGCAAAAGUGACUUUGACUUUGUAUCGGCCAAGUGCAGGGUUCAAGGUGGCACCUCGUUCGAGCAGUUGCAUGCAGUGUGGCUUUACAAAGUUAAAUAAAUAAUCACUGGGGGCAAAGUGGAAAGUCUUGCAUGAAUGUAAAGCAGACAUUGUGUUGAUGUUUUGAUCCGAUGAGGUUGUGGUAUGACUGACGGCCCGUGGAUCUCCUGGAGUGGAUUUCGGUGUAGGAAUUGGAGCCACGUGAUUGGUGUUUACUGCCUAAUGUAUACUCCACUUCAAAAUAAUGCGUAAUCCAUAAAUGGAAGCUAGAGUUAAUUGGUCCUAGAUUAGUUUGAAACUAGCACGUUAUUUUUAAUAAAACAUAGUAUGCUUUAGAGAAGAAAAUAAGGAAACUAAGGGUUAGCCAUGGCCCUCAGAAACCUGAGGUUCCUGUUCAGUCUGGACUAUACUAUUAAAAAAAAUAAUAAUAAUACUAUUAAAAAAAAAAAAGCUAGGAUUUAUUGAGAGCUUCCUAGGUGCCUGGCACAUGGCUAAGCCCUUUCUGUGUGGAACCUGCCAUCUUCACAAAGCCUUAUCAAGGAGGUGCUGCCGUUUUUCUCAUGAUGCAGAUAAGGAACCAAGGCUGAGAAGUUAGGAAACUUGCUCAGUGUCAACCACCUGGAGAGUGGGAGAGCUGGGGUUGGAACCAGGCGGAUCCGACCCCCAAGCCCUGUGCUAACCCACUGGGCCGCCUGGUUGGUGCUGGCUGCUUUUUUAGGAUUUGUGCUGCAGGUCCUGGAAAAUGGAAGAGCCCGUUGUUUAACAAAUUGUUUUUCCUUGCAAUAUGAUAGCAUCUUUCUCUGUCUCACGUUACAACCUUACACAGUCAAUUUUGACUUGCAAAUUGGAGGUUCUGCGUUCUUUAGCUCAGGGUGAGUCUUUUGGAAAAUUAGUGCUCUGUCUUUAGAGUCCAAGUGUGAAAUCAUUGUAUAUUUCUCUUUAGAUCUAUUUGCUUUUCUGCUUCUAAAGAUUCCAUUUGAGCAGUGAGGCUUACUGGAGAAUAAGGGUACUUUGUUGGAUAAAAAUGAAGCAAACUUUUUAUUUUGGCAGUAACGGAAAUAAAGUAAACAUCACUAUAGCAUAAGACCUGUAUUUCCAACUCAUUUUGCUCAGCGUUUCCAGACUUCCUGAGUAAACACAGAUGGGAUUCCACUUACUUCUCAGUUUUAUGUAGAAAGUUCUUUAGGCCAUAAAUUCCACAUACUGCUUGGAGUUUUCAGUAUUUGCUUGAUUGCAUGCCAUUGGCAGGUCAGAAACCUAGAUUAAGGCACUCUAAAGAUUUAGAAGGUGGUGACAUGUAGUAACGUGUUCACAUUUGGCUGCAUUUUGGUCUUUGCUGAUGGUGACUCUAAGUGUUAAUUCAGGUCUUCACUAAAUUUUCUGGUAAUUUGGAGAUGGGGAGUUUAGAAAGCCUGCUAUCUUCAAGCAGCAAGAUGGGGGAUUGUUUGAAAAGAUGGCCUUGCAAGUUUAAUUUCUGAUGUGGUGUGGUCACUGCUGCCUCUUAUUCAGUAGUUCCCUGAAUUGUUAUUAAUGCCAAAGAGGCAGGGGCUAGAGUAGAAAGAGGCCACAACACCUGGCCUGUCCUGGUCAGCUCUGUGACCUCUGUGACUUCGGGCAAGGCGUUUAUACUGUCUGAAGCUUAGUUUUCUUAUUUGUAAAAAAAAACAAAAAAAAAAAGGAAUCCUUUCUAGCCCUAGAAUCCCAUGAUUCUGCUCUCAACUUCCUACCGACUAAACCACUUGUAGAAACCGAAAGAUCAGGGUGUGUGCAGGGUUAGUAGUCCAAGGGAGCAGCUUGUGUGUAGCAGAGAUUUUAACCCUGGUUUGCAGUAAUACUUUGUUGAAAAAUUCAAUGCCCAGGAGCCGACGCAGCCCGGGAAGACAGCAGAUUAAGAUCCUGAAGUUAGGGGUCUUGUCUUAACUCUGUUUACUAAUCAAAGACUUCUGUGCUGUCUUGCUGAAAAUACUGAGCUUUUUAAAAAUAAAAACAUUUUCUUUUUAAGAGUAAAAGGUCAUUAGAUCAGAUUUCCCUUCAACACCAUUUCUCCUAUUAAUAGCUCUAUUAAUACUAAUUCUGGCAGGGUGUGUAUAGGAAUGAUAGACUUCUCUGUUGCUCCGGUAGCAAAUAGUAGAAAGAACGAAGAGGACUUUCAGCUUCCUCGAAUGUGGAGGAAUGGUGUUUGAUUACAUCUUUAUUGCUGUCAUUGUUUAAUUAUAUUUUGGCCCUGAUAGACCAGUUCCUUUUGCAUCAUUAAUUUUUAAAUGGAGAAGUUAUGGUUUUUGUUUUCUAAAUUUACUAAUAAGUGUAAAAGAAAAAAAAAUCAACAGGGUCAAUUAUUGAAAUUUGCCACUAAUUAUUUCAGUGAUCAAUGCUGUAAAAUAAAAGACCUAGUUCUUUAGAUUAUGUCAUUAGUAAAUGUCUCUUCAGAACAUAGAGGUCUUUGUUGAUCUAAAAAAGAAUCUUUAGUUUUAAAUUGAAACUUAAUACCCUGGUUACCGGGGCUUCUCCCUCUCUACCGCCUUAAAAAAAAAAAAAAACAAACAAACCUUUUGUUGUGUUUUGUUUGCUUGCUUUUAUAACAGCUUAUAAAUAACUGUGUGCUUUCUGGAAUUCUACUAAUAACAAUAAAUGCCAAGCAAAUGGCAGGAGUUUUUCUUUUCUUUUCCCACCUGUGUCUCUCUCCGGGGAAGCAUGGUUUCUCGGCCCCCUUGUUACCGCGGGUAGAGCUGUGUCUGCGGGAUUUAAUUUGUCGUGGCCUUACCCAGGCGGCACUCCGCAGUCAUCAGAAGACAGCUAUUGAGAGUUGUUGUGGACCCUUCAUUUUUUUAAUUGUGUUACAUUGCAGGGCUGAUUUACAUGUUAAAAUAGACAUUUAUUUGACACAAUGAAAUUACAGUUUAGCUUUGCUCUCUUUAUUUUCCUAAAGGAAAUUUAGAAUGUAGUAUUGUACAUUGUAUUGGAUGUUUAUGAAAUGGGUUAACAUUAUUAUGUCAGUGAAACUAAGGCAAGUGUGUUUUAUUUGUUUCUAUUGUGUUUUAAUUUUUACAACUGUUCACUGCUUGUCUCCUGUCUCAUUUAUCUAAACAACCACCAUGGUAAAUACAAAUGAAAACAUAUAUGCAGCUGCUUUUUUGUUUUUUUUUAAAUGAAGAAUGGGGGGUGUUUUUUAAAUGCCAUGGUUUGUAGAUUUUUAUUUUUAGUCAAUUUUGAGUUGCUUAAAAUCUCAGUGUUUUCUGAACUGACCAUACCUUAUCUGUCUGUCCCCAUCCUUUUCUCCCUGCUGUCCCUAACUGGAUGGGACUGAUGGAACCACAUCGCUCUCCAGGAGCUGGAUGAGCUUGCUGAUGACCGCAUGGCACUGGUGUCAGGCCUUAGCUUAGACCCAGAAGCAGCCAUUGGUGUGACAAAACGGCUGCCCCCCAAGUGGGUGGAUGGAGUGGACGAAAUACAGUACGAUGUCAGCCGGAUUAAACAGAAGAUGAAAGAAUUAGCUGGCCUUCACGACAAGCACUUAAACAGACCCACCCUGGAUGACAGCAGCGAGGAGGAGCAUGCCAUUGAAAUUACCACGCAGGAGAUCACUCAGCUCUUCCACAGAUGCCAGCGCGCGGUGCAGGCCCUGCGGAGCCGGGUGAGCCGGGGCUGCUCACAGCAGGAGGAGCGGCUCCUUCGCAACGUGGUGGCCUCCCUAGCGCAGGCUCUGCAGGAGCUGUCCUCCAGCUUCCGGCACGCACAGUCGGGCUACCUCAAACGCAUGAAGAACCGAGAGGAAAGAUCCCAGCAUUUUUUUGAUACGUCAGUACCACUAAUGGACGAUGGAGGCGAUAAUACUCUUUAUGAUCGGGGUUUUACAGAUGACCAGCUGGUGCUGCUGGAGCAGAACACGCUGCUGGUGGAGGAGCGGGAGCGGGAGAUCCGCCAGAUUGUCCAGUCUAUCUCGGACCUCAGUGAGAUUUUCCGGGACUUAGGGGCAAUGAUUGUAGAACAGGGUACGGUCCUUGAUAGAAUCGACUAUAACGUUGAACAGUCCUGUAGCAAAACCGAAGACGGCUUGAAACAGCUUCACAAGGCAGAGCAGUAUCAAAAGAAGAACCGCAAGAUGCUUGUCAUCCUGGUAUUAUUUGUCAUCGUCAUUGUCCUCAUUGUGAUCCUCGUCGGCGUGAAGUCUCGAUAGGCAUUGUGCUUGUGGGUGCUGCACGUGUGGAUCAAUCCCCUGGUGUGAGCGGCCUGGCCCAGGCCCGUGGCCGGCAGCGAAGGCACAGCCCUGAGGGACCCUCGACGGGGCAGCAGGCAUGUCCGUGGACCCUAUCACAUGUGUGGUUAAGUGAGGGCAGCAGGC